CCUAAUCACACUCGGCGGUGGUCGACUAAAAAAAUGGCGGCCGAAGGCCUUCUCAGUGUGGCGGAGAUCGACGGUAGAGGUAGGGGUUUAGUAUCCACUCAACCAUUAAAAGCCGGCCAAGUUGUCCUCAGAGAUUCUCCCAUUCUCCUCUACUCCGCUUUUCCUUUACAAAACCCUUCUUCUUCUUCAUACUGCCACCAUUGCUUUAGAACUUUACAAUCUUCUUCUUCAAUCAAUUGCUCUUCGUGUUCAGCUCUGUUCUGCUCCGCCACGUGUCUUUCUUCCGCCACGUCAUCCACGCACUCGCCUUAUGUCUGCCAAUCUCUCACUCGUCUCUGUAACUCCUCUCACUUCUUCCUCAACCACCCGCUUGAACGCCAGCUCCAAUCGUGUUUUCUAAUUGCCGCUUACAAUUUAUCCCUCGUUUCUCCUUCAAAGUUCCAAACUUUACUUUCAUUUCAAGGAAUCCCCUCUGCUAACGACGCCUCAGCCGCCGAAUUUCUCCACUCUCUUAUCUCUUCUCUUUGCCUUCCUCGUCCUAAUUCUACCCCCUUCUCUCUUGAACUCACCGCGGCUUUGCUCGCCAAGGACCGGCUAAACGCCUUCGGCUUGAUGGAGCCCUUCAAUGGCGGCCAGAGAUCGGUUCGCGCUUAUGGGCUUUACCCGAAGGCUUCGUUGUUUAAUCAUGAUUGCCUUCCGAAUGCUUGUAGAUUUGAUUACGUGGACACGGCGAUGGAGAAUGAGAAUAACGCUGACAUUAUUGUUAGGAUGAUUCAUGAUGUGCCUCAAGGGAGGGAGAUUUGCUUGAGUUAUUUUCCAGUUAAUUUCGAUUAUGCCACUAGACAGAAGAGAUUAAUUGAAGACUAUGGGUUUGCUUGUGACUGUGAUCGUUGCAAAGUGGAAGCUAAUUGGUCUGACAAUGAGAAUGAGAAAGAGGAGGAGGAGGCUAUGGAGGAGGAUGAGGAUGAAGAAAUGGCGGGUGCUGAGAAUGAAAAUGGGGAGAAUGAUUUUCCGCACGCGUAUUUUUUUAUGAGAUAUAUGUGUGAUGGAGACAAUUGUUGGGGGACAUUGGCUCCUUUGCCACCUUCAGAUGUUUCUCCUUCGACUGUUAUGGAGUGUAAUGUCUGUGGCAAACUCAAGAAUGAUGUCGUUGGAGGAGAAGACACACUUUCCGUGGAUGACUAGUUAAAAAUUUUGCAGCUGCUGUAAGUCUACCCACAUUUUGCUUUAUGUUCUAAUUGUUAGUCAACAUUUAUGUAAUAUGAAAUAAUUUAUUAGUUUAUUUCUUUAUGGUACUUAAAAAAUUUGUCUCAGAAUAGCUGAAUUUGAACUUACUUAGCUUUUGCCUUAUAUAGCUUGAUGUUUUCGCGUUGAUCUCUCUUAAGUUUUAAUAACAGGAUUUGUUAAGCUGAUUCCGUAAGACUGCACCAAUGUACUAUGAAAGCAACCCAGACCUGUCAAACUUAACUUCUUAAUUUUUACACUUCCUAGUAUGAGUAUGACUGCUGAAAGUUUCUGUGUAUAUAAUCGUAAAUAUGACCUUAAAAAAGGAGUAUGACAAGGGAAAGUUUCAUCCGUAGUGUCCAUUAUGUUUUGCUGGGAUAUCAGAUAUUAUAAAAGGAGAGUUGAAUGAAGAAGAAAGAACAAUUAGAGAAUUCCAAAAUCAACGAAUUUGAGUGGAAAAGAAUCCAUGUAUUUUGUUAUAAGUCCCUAUUGUGAAAUGAAGAAUAUCUUAGUCAUUGCUUUUUUCUAAUGCAUGUGCUGUUUGCUGAAAAAUUAAAUCUUGGGUUGUCUAAGUGUUUAAUUUUCAACUAGGGGUGAUCAAAAUACCCGGAACCCGAGCCGGAAAAUCACGUACUUGGAAAUUCGGUUCAGGUUAUGAUAGAAAGAAACCCGGAUUUUCUGUUUGGGUACUGGUUUGACUGCGCAAAAGUCUGGGGUACCCGAACCAAACCAGUUUUUGCCUAAAAAUUGAAAACAAAAUUGUGUUUCGAAUUAGUAACUCUUUCAUUUGCUUCCAAUUGAGAUGGGUAGGUCUCUAAUUUCCUUCUCAAACAUUCCUCUGAAAUUUUCGCACAUACCCAGAUCAUUUCUUCCUCUCAAUCACUCAAACCAGUGGCCAUUUCUCAAACCCAGUGACAAGUCCUCAUCUGGCUAUCAAAAAGUUUCAGUUUUGAGUACAAAACCGGGGAGAAAACUUUGUACAAAGGCUGUGUUGUCUGAGACUUCUUAUCAGAAAGAGUAUCCUAAAAUUGGUGCCAAAUCCACUGGACCUAUUCCUCCUAGCCAACUCAUUCAAGUUGUUGAGAUUGCUGCUAAAACAGGUGCUGAGGUUUGGUUCAAUUUCAUUCGUCAAUUUUUUGAAUUACCCAAUCGAUGUUUUGGUUUGAUUUUUUAUGUAUUUUUGUUAGUGGUAAUUUCAUGGGGAAGUUGUAAUCUAGAGUUUGUGGAAUUUGCUUUUUGUUUUUGGGGUUGAUUGUUUUGUUUAAUCAACAAGGUGGAUUGGUUGUUGAAGUCUGUAAUGUUUUGGAUUGUGAAGUUUAGAGACUGGCUUUAGUAUAAGAAGGAAAUUCCAUCCAAAAACCAGGUACCCCGUAACCAAAUCGAAAAUUCGGUUUGCUUGAAAGCUGGGUCACCCCCAAACCGGUUCAGUUAUUGGGUACCUUUAUAGCUUGAACCGAUUUUCCGGUUUGGUUCAGCCAAACCCCCAACCGGUUCAGGUACUCAGUUUUGAACCAAACCGAAUUUCAACUGUUAUUUAUUAGAACCUGAAGUUAAACAUGUGUCUAAUGACUUGGUAGGAAUUUCUGUCGAUUUAGUUGUGGUGGUUUGGUGCCUUCUGUGUUUUCUUCAUUUGUUUCUUUCUUUUGCUGGUUCUCUCUUAUUACUAAUUCUGUGUUCUUGUUACAGGUUUGAAUGGUAAGAGGAAAAAUCUGUCGUCUUCUUCUUGAUCACUGCAAUGUAGCAGUCUUACUUUUUUUUUCCUUUGAUAGGAGUUGUUGGUGUAUUUAAUUUGCUCUUCUAUGUGGUGAUUGUUGAGGGUUUUAAUUAGUUACAUGGUUUUUAGAAAAGGAUUUUGUGUAAGAUUAUUUCAACUAAAAGACAAUGACAUCCUGAUUGAGAAUGCCACUAGAUAUUUUGGAUGGCAUUGAAAUCAGAUUUAAUUGCCGCAGAUGCCGGUCAUAGAACGAGUAGAA